AUGCUGGAGCUCCCAGUCAUCAACGACGAUAUCAUCAAGGCCAUCGAUGACAACAAGGGGAAUUUUAUCUCUAAAAUCGUCGAGGCCUAUCUGGUGGCCAGACAAUCCUACGUUACAACUAACGAGGAAGGCAAGUUGGGCUUGACCAUUGGCACAGACAAGAUCAAGACAGCUGAAGUCAUGGCCAAGGAGAUGGAAUCUAUGGACUUCGACUAA